CUGCCGACGCUCUGUCUGUGCGGUUGUGUCGGUGUGUUUGUAGUAACGCUGCCGUGGUGCAAACAAUGUGCCCGUGUUUUGACAGUUUGUGUUCACGUUAACUGUUUCGAUCAUUCAAUAUGGAUUGCGAGAAGUGUUGUUUGAUGUGUGUCAAAUUUGCUAACUUGAUGAAAUUGAUAAGGUGACAGUUGUAAUCUUUGUGAAGUUCCACGAUAUUAGGCUGUUAUUAAUUAGUUUGUGGAUGCUUUGAAGUCACUUUACUAAUCAACCACAAAUCUAUAAAAUAAAGCAAAAGAUUUUGAUAGGGUGUCAGUUAGUAAUCUUUCAUUUUUGUUAAGUUUAACGGUAGUAAGAUACAGUAUUAUUCAAUAGUUUGAAUUGUGAAGGUUUAAAAUUACUAAUUAACCACAAAUCAAUAAACAAUAACAUAAAUUUUAAUAGGUUUAAUUCAAUCCAAUAAUAAUAACUCACAUUCUAUGUAGAUAUCAGCUUUUGCACAUGUUAAUCAGAUAACUGGCUCCAAUAAAUUUGAACAGGCCCAUCAAUUUCAGUUGUUGAUGUUUCAAAGAUGCUCAAUGUUGAUAAAUAGAUUGAUUGAAUGGGGUGAUAGUUUUCAAUUUUAGAUAGUUUUCAAGGUUUUAAGUGAAAAGUGUACUGUGUAAUGGUGUAUUUUGAUGUUUCUUGUGUUAAAAACCGAGGUGCUAUAAAUUGUGUUUGAGAUGGAACUUGGAUACCAUUAUUUUGUGAAUGUGUGGGGUUGAGGAGGAGUGGAGAGAUGCCGGUGACGGCAGUGGGGGGUCUGGCGGGGGGCCUGGAGGGAAGUCCAACCCAGUUGCGACGUGUGUUUGCACUGUGCGACCCCCGGGGCACGGGGCUCGUCUCAGUCGACCAUCUAGCCUCGCUCGCUAGCCAGUAUACCAACGAGAAGGAAGAUGCAGCCGAUAUUAUCAGAACUCUGGACCCGAAAGGCCGCGGUCAUCUCACCUACAAACAGUUCAGCAUUGCGGUCAACUCAUUGCUACGUCAAUCAGGCGCUGGCCAGGCUACAAUGAUGGCGCCGAGCGUGGACCGACGCGAUCUGGCGGCCGGAAUUGCAACUAACAACAACAACAACAGCCACAACAAUAACAACAGCAACGGUGUAGUUGAUGACGUCACGCUGAGCAGUAGCGGACCUGAAUCCAAUGGCAAGGAGAACAGUCGAUGUUCGAGUUUAUCGGAUGGAGAGAGCUAUGAAUGUUUCGGAGAAGGAGAUAUGGACACUUCCUCCCCAAGCAGCCAACCUCCCAGUAAUGAUGGUGCCAUAAGAAGUCCAUCAAGUAACAGCCUUCGACGAAAUACGUGGCAGAGAACAAGUCUUAGAAGAACUACGCCUUCCAAUAAUCACGAAAAUCUACCCAAUAGACGAUGGGGAUCUUUCAGACAAACGUCCGGGAAACGUUUGGGGUCCAAUGCUUUAGCCAGCCAGCUGUACAGGAGUUCGAGCUUCAACUCGUCAGGCCGCAGUUCGACGUGCGACACGGCUGAUGACGCGGUCUACUCCGAUGUUUCACUUGAGGACGACGUGCUCGAUCUCAAUCACAAGGUGCAGAUGUUGCAGCAGCAGAUGAACGUCCUGGCCGAUAACCAGACUCAUAGCGAUGAGAGGUACACCCGAGCCAAGCAGGACAAUGCGGCCCUUCAGGCCAGGAUUGUUAUGCUUGAGGAGCAGCUGAGAGAGGUGGAACUGAGGUCUGAGGAGAAGUUGGCUGAGGAGGAGAGGAGGCAUAGGGAGCUGGUGGCCCGUGUAGAUAGGGAGAAGCAACUUCAAGUCGAGAACUGUGCCAUAAGGUUGCAGACGCUGGAGCUGGAGAACAACAGCCUGCGAGACGAGACAGGUCGCUGGCGCAAUCAGCUGGAGAAGAUGCGACUGGACAAGUCGCGAGUCGAGGAUCAGCUGAUUGAGGCGGAGGCCAGUGUGACGUCACUCAGAGACGAAAUCGCCGCCGUUCGCGAACAAGAACGCAAACUGCGCGAGCAAGCUGCUGCUAGUCAAAUACUUGUAGAAGAACUGAGCUCAGAAGUGGAAAGACUGCAAAGUGAGAAAGCGAAUGCCGAGAUGUUGGCAGAACUGAACAGGAUACCCUCCAGCGAGCCGUCACCCCUCCAAGCGCAGUUGGAGGCCCUGCGCCAUCAACACAAAACUCUUCAAGAAGCUCACGAAGAACUACAGGCACUUGUUAUCACAAAGAGUGUGGAAGAAGGUCGUCAUUUACUCACAAAUGCCGGUCCAAAUAGCUUAGCAGCCGAGCUACAAUUCGAGGCCAUGUCUCAGGAUGCUCUUGGAGAAAGGGCUCAUGAUGAUCAGAAGAUGCGCACCGCACUGAAAGAAGCGCAAGAAGUGAACACGCAGCUGCGGUCCUACAUUGACGGAAUUCUGCUGCUAAUCGUUGACAACUGUCCGCGUCUUCUAGAAAUCAAAACGCCCCCACCGCCCCCCGCUCAUUGACCAACUGCUGCUGCAACACUAUCAUAGCCAACCGCACGACAAUAGUCCGAUGGUAAUUGGAACAGAUGAGUGCAACGUUGUCAAAUAAGAGUUGAUCAACGUUGGCCAUAGCUGAUUAUAAAUGAGAAUUUAUAAAUAUUUUCAUAAUAAAUUAUUCAAGAAUAAUACACCUGACGAACACCACAUACGCCAGUUACAUCACUACCUCCGUAAACAAAGCCAUAGAGCAUACUGGUGACGUCAGCACAGGUAGGGCUCCUACACAAAUAAAAAAAUGUUGAUUUUAGCUAAUCUAUAUCAGCUAGUGUUUUUAUUGAUGUAGGAGCCCCCUUCUACCUGUGCUGACUUUACCAUAGCCACCUCUAAUACAAGGCCGCAGCCUACGAUAUUGCAACGUCGCAGCGUAGGCCUACAAUCUAAUACAUGAUUGGAUCUUUUUCACCGAUCAUGUAUUAGAAUCUAGGCCUACACUGCGACGUUGCAAUAUCGUAGGCUGCGGCCUUGUAUUAGAGGUGGCUACGAUGUUACCAUCAACCACCUCUGGCUUUGCACUAUGCACUAUGGCUUUGUUUACGGAGGUAGUGAUUACCCACACAUCAAUUUUUGGACGUUCGAUUUUCUGCCGUCCUUGAAUUCUACCUGAUUAAACGGAACUUGACAAACAUAGGCUGUUUGACAUCAUCUGUUUAAUCUAAAAGGAUUUAUAGGGACGGCAAAAAAUCGAUGUGUGUGUCACUGGCUUCAUACACAUCGAUUUUUGGACGUACGAUGUUUUGCCGUCUUUAUAGAUUCCAUUAGAUUAAACAGAUGGUGUUUGUCAAUUAUGUUCAAUCUGGUAGAUUUCAUAAAGACGAAUCGAUAUGUGUGUAACUGGCUUGAUGGUGCGGGGUGAGGAGGUUCUCAGCCGUUCCAAUAUCCAUCUGACUAUUUUCGUGCGGUUGACUUCAGUGUCUUCUGUCAAUAUUGCAUUUCGAUUGAACACUUCUGACUGCAAGAGAUUUAUAUUUUGUUUAAACAAUCGUAACUUCCAAGCAAUCGCUUACUAUUAAGUCUAUUAGUUAUGUGGGAUUCAAUGUAGGAUAAUUUGUAUGAUUUAUGAGAAUGACUCUCAAAUGAAAUGAAAGGAGCUGCUCAAUGGAAAUAAUACCAUUCUGUUGAGGGGAUUCAGUGUGGAAUAAUUUAUAAGAAUGACUCUAAAAUCUUAUGAAAAGAGUUAGGCCUACUCAAUGUAUUAAUACCCUGAAUAGGUACUCUGAGAUUUGAAAUCGAAUAUCAUAGAAUUGAUACCGUAACAUGAAAACGCUGUAGGAAAUUGUUUUGAGAUAAUUAAGUUAGUACAGUAAUAUUGAAUUGCCUAUCUAAAUUAGUAGAAUUUUUUUUUAAUCUGUCAGAGUUACAGGAAACAUCUAAAAAACUAUGAACAUGAAAUUUUAGAGAACAACUUGUAGGCUACCAGAAUAGAUUUGAUUCAUUGAAUUUUUUAAAUGAAUAAACAUCACAGAGAAUUUUCGGCUUUGUGAUAAAAUCUUUUGUUUUGAAUUUUGAUUAGUCAAGGAUGGUUUGAAUUGUACGAAACUAUUUACAGUACAUUGAUUUUUUGAACUACCUUACUAUCCGUCGAAGUGAGAGAACGUGUAGUGAAAAGACUUUUACAGUCGCAAAAAAAUAUUAAUUUGAAAUUGUAAUGAUAAAUUUAAUAUAUCAUUGAACUGAUUGAUGAGUAAUUCAGUCUUCUGAAAUUCGAAGCAGGAAAUAAAUCAUGUUUUUUUUUUAAGGAAUGUGAGAGAAAUUUGGAAAAUGUUUAAAGCUAGUUUGAUAGAUUUUCAAGGUACAAAUAAUACCUAAAAAUAUUACUUUUUCAACUAGAAAUUGAAAUGGUUAAAUCAAAAGUGUUGAGCAUGAAGUGUCUCUGUCGUGCAGAAAUAAUUUGAUGCUAUUCUAAUUGAAUGUACUUAGUAGUUUUCUUUUAAACACUGUACAUCUCUCCCUUUUAUUCAGAUGAUACUUAUGUGCAUUUAGCUUCAUAAGGGGAGAAUAUUCUGCAAGUCUAAUUGAUUAUACGUUUAUCAAUAAAAAUAGAAGCACUUUUCCACCAGAUAUCAAAGAAAACGACUGCUAUCUCAAUUAAUACAAUUAGUUCAAUUUUUGAACGAUAUCAGAAGUCGCUUCUUAAAAUGAAUGUGUUAUAUUGCCUGGAGAACAAAUAUAUUGUGUAUUUGUAUUAUGAUUAGCAUAUUUUUAUUUUAUUUUUUGUACAAAGUAGAUUUGAAUGUAUAUAUUAGAUGAAAUACAUGUACAUUAAACUGAAAUUUUAGCUAUUUUUAAUAUUUGAAUUAUCACAACUAAUGCCUGAAACAUAUUGUUACCUAAUUAUUAAGGGUUGAAUAUCGAAGUGUAAGCUGAUUUUGUCAGUUGAGAAUUCGACAAUGUGACUUUCACUGAGUUUAUACAGAUGUUGUAUUCGUUUGAAAUUAUUCUAUUUAUUUUAUAAUAUACAAUAAAUGUGUCCUGUUCGUA